GUACGAAACUAGUACUACUUUAAUUAAAUGAAAUCGUAAAUUUACUAUGAAAAAACGAUUUCUACUGUUAAUUAAAUUCGUCGGUGACUAAUAUAUUUGUAAUCGGUGUGUUAUAAAUGUUAUAAGAACAUUAUUGUAGCAAAAAUGGAUGAAAAAGAAGAGUUGCAUCUAACCUCGCAAGAGCUACAAGUUUUGUCAGAGCUUGACAGUCGACAAUUUGGUUUUCUUAAACUUCGCGGCAGUGAGCAUGGCAGAACCCGGGCACUGGUCCUUAAAGCUGUUAAAUACUUGGAGGGAAUGUUGGUGCAAGUUAAGGAAGAAGAGAGGGCUUGUUCACCUGGCGCUAGAAGAGAUAUAUGCAUAGACCCCAAGACUUAUUGCAAGUUGGGUCACUUCCAUUUACUGCUUGAAGAUUAUGCAAAAGCGAUGUCCGCUUAUCAGAAGUUUUAUGCUCUGGAGCAAGACAAUUGGAAAGAUCCACUCUUUCUGUAUGGACUAGGGCUGUGUUAUUAUCAUUACAAUGCCUUUGACUGGGCGACGAAGGCGCUGCAGAUGGCGCUGUACGUGUCGCCGGGUUUCUCGCGAGCGGCGGACGCGCACCUUCGCCUCGCUCUCAUGUUCAAAGCGAGACGACAUUGGGGUGCUGCGGCGGUACACUUCAGGCGAGCGAGGCUGGCUCCUCACCAGGAUGCCACGUUCACUCGCCUCGAGCUCAGCUUCCAUGCCGCCCACCUCCUCGAGGCCCGAGGACUACGGAAAGCAGCAAGGGACGCAUACGAGAGGCUCCUCAAAGAACCGCAGCUGUCGUCCACGUUGAAAGCGGAUGUGUGUCGUCAGUUGGGUUGGAUGUAUCAUCGAUGUGCCUCACUGGGGGAGCCGGCGGCGCGCGCUCGUGCCGCUAUCUGGUGCCUGCAACGCGCGGUUGUUGCGGAGCCCGAGUCGGGAGCGGGAUUGUAUCUGCUCGGUAGAUGUUUCGCCGCACAGGGAAAGGUGCACGACGCCUUCAUCGCCUAUAGGAACUCGGUUGAAAAGUCCGAAGGCAACGCGGACACGUGGUGUUCGAUUGGUGUACUAUAUCAGCAGCAGAACCAGCCGAUGGACGCGCUGCAAGCGUACAUCUGCGCGGUGCAGCUCGACAAGGGCCACUCGGCCGCAUGGACGAACCUCGGCAGCCUGUACGAGAGCUGCUCGAUGGCUCGCGACGCGUUCGCGUGUUACAACAACGGCGGUGCGCGCGCCACGCUCGCCAGCGCGCCGCUGCGCCAGCGCCUCGCCUUCCUGCGCGCGCACCUCGCGCACGCACCCGUGCCCUCCGUCACCGGCAAGCGUCGUUCGCUGCCGUCGAUCGAAGAAGCCUGGAAUUUGCCCAUCUCGGCGGAGAUGUCGUCCCGCGCUCCGAAGGCGGCCCCCCCGCCGUACCCGGGCGCGGGGCCCCCCACGCCCGCGGGGCCGGCGCCCGGCGCGGGGCCCGCGGCGCCCAAGCGGGACGAGCCCACGCCGCUCACUCACCACCAGCUGCAGACGCUGCAGUACCUGCAAAGGAACUCGCACAACCUGUCGCCGCAGCAGCAAGCGCUGAUGCAACAGCUGCUCUCGCAGUACCGCCUGUCUCAAGCGGCGAGAGCGCGUGCGGUGACGAAAAACGAAGGUAACUGCGCCAGCGGCGACAGUGCGGAGUCGCUCGCUGAAGAUUUAUUGAAGAAAUUUUCAGAUUCACAGCCUGACAUUAAGAAGGAACCAAUAAGCACAGAAAGCCCGCUCAGCGUUAACAGCAACGACGCCGUCCUGGGCGGACGACAGCCCGUCGUCAAACUCGAGCCGCUCAAGACCGAUCCACUCAAGCCCGUGUCCUUCCACAUAGGCAUGAGCGCCAAGCAGAUAAUGGACUCGUGCAAAGAUAACGCAGGUCCUCCGACGUCGUGGUCGGUGCUGGGCGACGGCUGCGGCCCCCCCGAGCCGCCCGGCGUGCCGCCCCCUCGCCUAACCCCCGAGCAGCUGGCGCCGCCCGCGCCCUUCGUCUACGUCGAGUCCAAGCGCGACGCCUUCUCGCCGCAGCUGCAGGACUUCUGCCUCAAACACCCGAUCGCCGUCGUGCGCGGCCUCACCGCUGCGCUCAAGCUUGACCUCGGCCUCUUCUCGACCAAGACGCUCGUCGAGGCCUGGCCUGAUCACGCGGUCGAGGUGCGCACUCAGCUCAUGCAGUCUGCCGACGAGAAUUGGGACGCCAGCGGGCGCCGGCGAGUGUGGGCGUGCGCGUCGCACCGCUCGCACACCACGGUGCGCAAGUACGCGCAGUACCAGGCGGGUUCCUUCCAGGACUCCCUGCGCGAGGAGCGCGAGCGGGGAGCGGUGCCGGCGCACUCGGCCGGCGCGCUGUCCGACUCGGACGGCCGGGAGUCGGGCUCGGGGCCCGCCAAGCGUCGCCGUACGGCCCGCAUGCUGCGCUUCGGGACUAACGUCGACCUCUCCGACGAGCGCAAGUGGCGCCCGCAGCUCACCGAGCUGCAGAAACUGCCGGCCUUUGCGCGCGUCGCCUCCGCCGCGAACAUGCUCUCGCAUGUCGGUCACGUAAUCCUCGGUAUGAACACCGUCCAGCUCUACAUGAAGGUGCCGGGCAGUCGGACGCCUGGUCAUCAGGAGAACAAUAAUUUCUGCUCGAUAAACAUUAACAUCGGACCCGGCGACUGCGAGUGGUUUGGCGUGCCGGACGCAUACUGGGGGGGCGUGCGUGAGCUGUGCGACCGCCACGGUCUGUCGUACUUGCACGGCUCGUGGUGGCCCGACCCAGACGAGCUCCGCGCGCACGGCGUACCCGUGUAUCGAUUCACACAGCGGCCCGGCGACCUCGUGUGGGUGAACGCGGGCUGCGUGCACUGGGUGCAAGCCACCGGCUGGUGCAACAACAUCGCCUGGAACGUCGGCCCGCUGACCGCUCGGCAGUACUCGCUCGCCCUCGAGCGCUACGAGUGGAACAAGGUGCAGAACUUCAAGUCGAUCGUCCCAAUGGUACACCUGACGUGGAACCUGGCACGCAACAUUCGCGUGUCGGACCCGCGUCUGCACCGCGCCAUGCGCACAUGCCUGCUACAGACGCUGCGCGCCGCGGCCGGCACGCUGCAGACCGUGCGCGCGCGCGGCGUGCCUGUGCGCUUCCACGGCCGCGCGCGCGGCGAGGCGUCGCACUACUGCGGCUCGUGCGAGCGCGAAGUGUGGCACGCGCUGCUGGUGCGCGAACACGAGCGCCGCCACGUCGUGCACUGCCUGGCCUGCGCGCGCCGCGCCAGCCCCACGCUACAGGGCUUCCUUUGCCUGGAGGAGCACCACGUAGAGGAGCUGUCGCAGGUGUACGACGCCUUCACGCUGCACCGGCCGGCGCCGCCGCUACACGCGCCGGCCGCGCUGCCGCCCACGCCCACGCCCACGCCCGACUGAGGCCCGCCGGCGCCGCGUCCGGGGCUAUGCUUUCCGUUCCCUUCGAUGGCAGAGAGACGGAGCGACGAUGACGACGGACGCGCGAUCGACGAACGGGAUGCUGUCGGGGUCGUAGCGAAGAUUCUGUCCGAGUGAUGUCGACGUACCUGUUUAGUUUUGUGUGCGAGUGGUAUUUUCAUUUGUCUACAUAACGCUUUUUUAUUUAUCGGGAUUUUCUAGUUUCUUAUGUAAAUGUCGUUCCGCGUUCGGGAGUGUAGCGUUCAAAAGUCGACAACUGUCGACGUUCGAAUCUCACUCCCCCAUUAGUACCGAGAUAGUCGCUAGUUAUCUGUAAAUUUGUAUGAGAAAUUGACGUUUUCGACCAACUGUAAGAAAAUUAAUUUAAGUUACGAUAAAUAUCGCGAUCUAUUUUUAAUACACGGCGCGUGAGUAUAAAAUUGUAGUUCGAUACGAAUAUAGUCGUGAUACAACUAAUUUUUUAAUUGUUAAAUUUACAGUUUACAACUCUUCGAUCACUUUUGUAAUUGUGAGAGAUAAUGAUAACGUGAAGUCAAUUUUUCGGUGACAAGUAGCCGAUAGUAGCAUAUUAAUAGUAUAUGGCGGCGGCCUUCAUACACUUAGUCGAUAAGUCGAGAUGUUUAGCUAAUCGUAAGGGAAAGUAUGGGCUCGGUGGAACGUUGAUAGGUCAGUCCGUUUUGGUCUCAAGUGCUCAGGUGUUCACCACAAUAAAUGUGUUAUUUUUGUAUAGAAGGAUAUUUUAUUUAUUUUGUCACACUAUGAUUUUAGUUUUUGAUUCCUAGUAUAAUGUUCAUAGCGAAUAGUAGUUGGUAAGCGAAGGCACGGAAUAAGGCUCUGCGUUUUAGGAGGGUCUGGUGAAUAGUGCUGCUAUUUCCCAAAGAAUGUUGUACGCGUAGGCAAUUUGCUAAAUGAAAGUGGACGAAAUCGCAAUUCACAGUAUCAUCAGUUAUUUGCAUAUUGGGAUAUGAAAAUUAAUUUAUUUAAAUAUAAACUCGAUUAAAUGAAAUUGUUUCCUUUUAUUUGAAUUGUAAAGUAUGUUAGGCAUAAUUAUUGUUUGGCUCAUCGGCAGUGUAAAAUUAGGCAAAGGUUAGACGAAGGUCGGCAGUGUGACGACGCGCUCUUGACGCCGGCCCGUUGGUUAUUUCUCUCGAAGUUUUAUUGAUAUGUUAGUGAGAUUACGUUGAAUGUAUUAUUUCCCGGCGUCGAGGGCUGCGCUCGCAGCUGAGAGGUGGAUGUGUUGGACUUGUAUAGUGAAUAUUGUAACUUGUAAGUAAUAAUAACAUCACUGCCAUUUAUGACCUUACUGUUUAUACUGUAAUAUUAAAUUUUUAUUAAAAUACAAACUUUUCGACUAUUUAUUUAUUUUUAACCGUUAUAAUUGAUAAACCCCCUCUAAGACUUAGGUAUUUUAUAAAUACAAAUUAUUUUUGCUUAUAAUUACAGUUAAACGAAAGCAUCUUAUUGAUUUUGUUUGAUAUUGUUAAAAUACUGAAAGACAAGCUUGAUUUAAAGAAUUUGUUGACACAAUGUCUUAAACUAUUAUUAUUAUAUAAUAUAUUAUUGUGCCAAUUCCUAACGAUGAUUUGAACAUUAUGAAGAUUAAACGAACUUAUGUACGGUGUGGCGCCGAGGGUAUCGAGUGAAACUCACGAAGACCAGACAAUAACUGCGUUUUAUUCAAAUAAGAUUAUGAAUAUAUAAUAUUGUUGCAUAUACUUAUAGCUAAACAUCACAUCUCCCCUCCUUAAAAAUAAAAAAAUACAGAUACAA